CGGUUCCAGUGGUCGCUGUUUCACGCGAUCCAUACAGAAGGGAACACACUCACAUGUAAACAAGAGAAAACAUGGCGUCGGCCUUGAUCAGGUGCUUCUCAAAGAUUGGUAGGCAGGUGUCCCGACCAUGGAGUGUGUGCCAACAUGGGCUGCGGAACAGAUCCACCCAACCAGAUGUGUCUGCAGAGCAGGCUGCUGCUCUGGGGGUUUCCUACCCUCCACUACAGACAUAUUCUGAGGAGGAGGGGAUGAUGAGGGAUGCUGUGAACAAGUUUGCACAGGAGCGUCUUGCCCCGUUUGUGUCGAAGAUGGACGAAAACUCUCAUAUGUACCCGGAAGUGAUAAAGUCACUCUUUGAACAGGGGCUGAUGGGCAUAGAGAUCGACCCAGAGUACGGCGGCACCGGAUCCACGUUCUUCUCCUCCAUCCUGGUCAUUGAGGAGCUGGCUAAAGUGGACGCCUCCGUGGCCGUGCUGUGUGACAUCCAGAACACCCUCAUCAACACACUGUUUACCAAGCUGGGGACCGCGGCCCAGAAAGAACGGUAUCUCAGCCGACUGUCAACAGACAUGGUUGGUAGUUUCUGCCUGUCAGAAGCAGAGUCGGGGAGCGAUGCCUUCUCUCUGAAGACGCGUGCUGACAAACACGGGGACUAUUACGUCAUCAACGGUUCCAAGAUGUGGAUCAGUAACGCAGAGCAAGCUGGUGUGUUUCUGGUGAUGGCCAACGUGGACCCGUCUGCUGGUCACAGAGGUAUCACCUGCUUCAUCGUGGACAGAGACACCGAGGGGCUUCAGAUCGGCAAGAAGGAGAACAAACUGGGUCUGAGAGCUUCUUCAACCUGUCCUCUCAACCUGGAUAACAUCAAGGUUCCUGAGAAGAACAUCUUGGGUCAAGCCGGCCACGGAUACAAGUACGCCAUCGGCAUGCUGAAUGAAGGCAGGAUUGGUAUCGCUGCUCAGAUGUUGGGAUUGGCUCAGGGUUGCUUCGACCACGCCGUUCCCUAUACCAGACAGAGGGUUCAGUUUGGCAAACGUAUCUUCGACUUCCAGGCCAUGCAGCACCAGAUUGCCCAUGUAGCCACCCAGAUAGAGGCUGCCAGGUUGCUUACCUACAACGCUGCCCGGCUGAAGGAGGCAGGAAGACCUUUCAUCAAGGAGGCCUGCAUGGCCAAGUACUUCACCUCAGAGGUCGCAACGUUGACCACUUCAAAAUGCAUCGAGUGGAUGGGAGGCGUAGGCUUCACCAAAGACUACCCUUUCGAGAAAUACUACAGAGAUUGUAAAAUAGGUACUAUUUAUGAGGGAACAACCAACAUCCAGCUGUCCACCAUGGCCAAGUUUAUAGACAAGGAGUAUGACCACUGAGCUGACCUGGUCUGGCUGUUUCCUCAUCAUGGAGACUGACCUCCUGACCUGGUCUGGCUGUUUCCUCAUCAUGUAGACUGACCUGAUCUCCUGACAGUAUCCUCAGCAUGUAGACUGACCUGAUCUCCUGACCGUAUCCUCAGCAUGUAGACUGACCUGAUGUCCUGACUGUAUCCUCAGCAUGUAGACUGACCUGAUCUCCUGACAGUAUCCUCAGCAUGUAGACUGACCUGAUCUCCUGACAGUAUCCUCAGCAUGUAGACUGACCUGAUCUCCUGACCGUAUCCUCAGCAUGUAGACUGACCUGAUGUCCUGACUGUAUCCUCAGCAUGUAGACUGACCUGAUCUCCUGACAGUAUCCUCAGCAUGUAGACUGACCUGAUCUCCUGACAGUAUCCUCAGCAUGUAGACUGACCUGAUCUCCUGACUGUAUCCUCAGCAUGUAGACUGACCGUCAUACACUCCUCUUUGUGACCAAUUGGUUUUUAAUCACUCGUUGUUGGAACUGUUGUGGGAUUUAGGGCUCUGUUCAAUCUGAAUCGUUGGAAGUUCAUCGUUACAGCUGAUGAUUUGAAUUUUUUUUUUUAAAAGGCAAUGUUCCCGGGUUAGUGGAGACUACAUACACGGUAAACACUGCAUAUAUCAGCUCAAAUGGAAAUUACCUUUUUAUUUUAUUUUUUAAAUUUCAAUCACCCAAUCUGUACCGCUUCAGCCACCCAGACUCAAUGGAACCAUUACUGUAGAAGUCAUACAUUUACAUUUACAUUUUAGUCAUUUAGCAGACGCUCUUAUCCAGAGCGACUUACAGUAGUGAAUGCAUACAUUUCAUACAUUUUUUUUUUUUUCCCCCCCGUACUGGUCCCCCGUGGGAAUCGAACCCACAACCCUGGCGUUGCACACAUCAUGCUCUACCAACUGAGUCAUGCGUGAACCACUGCUGAUUAUACAGUACUAGAGGACGUUCCAUAACCAUGUGCACUUAGUCAAUGUAUCUGUUGCUCUCCACUAUGGAUGGAUUUAUGGUUACUGUUUCCAGACCUGUAGAUAGAUAGUGUAAAGUAGCUCUGGUGUGUUGGUAUUGUGAAGUGUUUUCAACUGUUUCCAGACCUGUAGCUUGUGCUUUUUACAAACUAAUGGGGUUAAUUCUACACUAUUGGUAUGAUUAUUUACUCAUCUGAUUUUAAUAGUUUCGUAUUAAAUCAGUGCCUUUUUAUCCCAGCAUAAUUUGUUGUGUAUUUUGUAACGCCAUAAGAUUUAAUAUAACACCUCCAUUUUAGAUGAAGUCCUUCUAUGGUUGUGUAGUCUGUUGGGUGGUUUUGGCUCUACUUUUGUCAUGGUAAACCAUGUUUACCAUUUCUGUCAGAGCCUUCUUUCAGCACUUUAUUUUAAAGAUAUCUGGGGAAUUAAUUUCACGGAACUAGAAGAGAUUGUCUACGUUUUAUAUUCAUCAACUUCUUUGACAAUACUAAUAAAUAUUAAGUGUUUUUAAUUA